AAUCCCCCUCCUUCACCACCACCGCCGCCACCGCUGCCGCCAUAAAAAAAGACUAAAUGUCGAGGCCGGCGGUCUACCUCCUCCUCGCGGCGGCCCUCCUUCUCCUCCUCUCCGCCUCCCGCAACCCCCGCCCUGGCCCCCACCGCCUCGCCCGCACCCGCACCUUCGGGCCCGACGUGCUCGACCUCCCGACCUUUCGAGCGAAGCUCGGAGCCGCAUGGGAGAGCCGAAGCACGGGCGAAUUUCUCGGCGAGGCCGACGGGAGUGGCGGUGGCGGGCUCUCGAAGGAGUUCUGCGGCGAGGACGGCCGGCUCAACGCGACGAGGCGGCUGGCGUGCCUGUUCCCGCUGCUCGACCGGCUUCCGACCGACGGCGGGAUAAGCUUGUACAGCGCGGAGAGGGUGAUGAAGACGCAUGAUAAGGAUGGUGAUGGGGUCGUCACUCUCCGAGAGUAUUUAUCCUACCUUUCUGAUAAAGAAAUAGAUUGGAGCAGCACAGAACAUGGCAAACCGGGGUGGUGGAAGGAGAAAUUUAAUAGUGCUGAUAAAGACGGCAAUGGAUCCCUUGAUGUUGCCGAAUUUAAUGACUUCCUCCACCCUGAAGAUAGCAGCAACCCUGAAGUACAACUUUGGCUGCAGAAGGAGAAAUUAAGAGAAUUGGAUGAUGAUAAGGAUGGGAGAUUAAGUUUCAUGGAGUUUCGAGAUCAAACUCACGACUUCGACCGGAUUUACACCGCGUACGAAACGGAAAAAGAUGGCUACUCUCCUCAUCAUCUCUCGAAUGCCGAAAAGAAGUUCCAGGAACUUGAUACUAACAGAGACAAUUUUUUGACAGCUGAAGAGCUGAAGCCAAUUAUUCAUAGGCUGUACCCAGGGGAGCUUUUUUAUGCUACUCAUUACACAAAGUACUUGAUGAACGAGGCUGAUGAUGAUGGAGACGGCAAAUUGAGCCUUCAGGAGAUGCUGAACCAUUAUCUUGCUUUCAACAACACAGUUUUUGAGGAGGGUUACUACGACGGUGAGGAUGAUGACUAUGAUUACCACGAUGAGCUCCGCUAAAACACACAUAAACAAUCAUUUGAGACUUUAGUUUAUUAAGGCUUCCUGUAUGAUUAUACAUGUCGACAGUAAUUACUGAGAACAUAACUCCUAGGCAAAAUAUUUUGUUAUUGUACAAUUCAAAUGAACAGAAGUGUUUCUUCUCAAAAUUUGAUAAGACAAACAAUAAGCAAAUUAUCAACAUGAAGCCUCG